UAAAUCCCUCCUCCCCGAGGCUGCCAGCCCUCCUCUCGCCUGUGUGUCUCGCUCCCUCUCUCUCUUACUGUCACAGAUUCUCCGUCCUUUCUCUGCGUCCCUCCGCCGUCCCUCUCCCUCCCGUCCCCCGUGUGAUGUGCGCCCGUCGGGGAGGCUGCCGGCUGCCGGAUGCACCUUGCUCCCGCGAAGCAUGUCUGCCCCUGCAGCAUCACUGAGGCCGGUGUGACACUUGGGUACCACGCCGCAUCCCCCCGUCCAUCCGCCUCCCCCUCCAGCGCUCCAUGACCCGCCUGCCCGUCUCUCCCUUCUCCCCAUUGUCUCUUUGUGUAUCAUAAGACUGUCCGUCUGUCUCCUGUCCCACCUUCUGUCUGUCUUCAUCAUCUCCCCCACCCUUCAUUUCUGUCUCCCCCCCCCGUUAUCCUCUCUGUAUCUGUGCCUCUCCAUCUCUCUCUCUCCCCCUCCCUCCAUCUCCUCUCUGUCUCCCUCCCCCUCUCUUUCUGCCACAUCUAUCCCUCUUGCCGCAAUGGUACAUGUUUUGGUGGCCGGCAGCCUUUUUUUCCCGGGUCUCUUUCUCCUUUCCAAGGCCGGACUGCGGAGGCUGCGGCUUUUCCGCGGGGAGGAAUCCAAUACCGUCAUAGUGUCAGCCAGAUUGGUGUCUUCGAUACAAGCUGUCUUGGCGUCUACGGCGGGUUACAUCGUCGCUUCUUCCUGCAAGGAUGUUAUUGAGGGCAGGCACUGGCUCGCUGCCACCUACACGCGGUUUGCGGUGCCGUAUUUCGUGUACGACGUGUACGCCAUGUAUCUGUGUUACUGGCACAAGCACAAGGUGAAGGGCCACGUCUGCGGCUGGCAGCUCGUCGGGGGGUACCUGCGCAAGGAGUUCCUCAUGGUCCUUCACCACGUCUUCAUGGUGCUCGUCUGCUUCCCCGUGUCCGUGCUCUGGCGGCAGGGGAAAGGGGACUUCUUUUUGGGGUGCAUGCUGAUGGCCGAGCUGAGCACCCCCUUCGUCUGCCUCGGAAAGAUCCUCAUUCAGUACAAGAAGCAGCACACCCUACUGCACCGAGUCAACGGGGUCCUGAUGCUGGCGACGUUCUUCUGCUGCCGGCUCCUGCUCUUCCCCUACAUGUACUGGGUGUACGGGCAGCGGGUCGGCCUUCCCCUGUACAGAGUACCCUUCAGCCUGUCUCCGGAGUACAACGUCGGGGCGGCCAUUCUGAUGGCGCCGCAAGUCUACUGGUUUUACCUGAUCUGCCAAAGAGCUUACACUCUGUUCCGACAGUCGGUGCUGAGCCAGCGGCCCAAGAAUGGACAUCCGACCCUCGAUAGCCCCUCAGCCAAAGACCAGGACUGUUCGCAGUGACUCUCCCCUUCUGCCCUCACCCUGCGACAUACACUUACCCCAUCUACCCCAAACCGAGACGGGGCUAAGGGGGCAUUAAAGGGCCGUGAGUCACCCUGCGAUGCUCUGCUUAGGAAGGGAAGGUGUUGGGGUGUCGCAGGGAGCCGCCGGGGGUUUUAAUCCGGAUAUUCUGCCCGGAGAAUACAGUGUUAAUGAUGCCCCCUGCAGUACCCACUGCGGCCACGAGGUGGCAGUCUUGGACUUCAGUGCAGAAAUACCCCCGCAGUACAGAGGAACCCUGUCACUACUACCCUCCAUACCUCCUGAUAUUCCCCGCCACCCCGGGGAGUCUGAUGCCCCGGAACUUACCUGCCCUGACUCACAGUGACAGUUCCCGUGUUACUGCCCCAUGGGGUACCCAGUACCCCGCAACACGCAUGCAACGCAGGUCUUUUAAUCUUUAUGGGGCGUCCGCCCCACAAACACACAAUCAUCCCGGGGGUUAACAUGUUAAACCCCACCUGAGCUAUGCUUAUUCCAAACUGCUGUGAAAGUGAGGGGUUAAUGCCCUAUGCUUCUCUGCCUUUAUAUGAGGGAGGGGGGGAG